UUUUUAAUAGUAAUAACCAGUUACACGUAUCUACAGUAACAGUUUAAUUUAAAUACAGGCUAAUCUAUCAAUCUAUCGUGUAUAAAUUACUCCAUAAAUUAGACGAAUUGUCAAUAAAUCAAAAUUGUGACUCAAUACCCUAAUAAAAGAUGGCUUCUGCGACUUAAUUAGUGACGAGAAAUCGCGGUUCUAAAAUCCAAUUAAUGAACUGGUUCAACGAUAUACUGUGCUCAAUCUCAAAGUGAUUGCAAGAUAAUAGAACGAGGAUGUGGACGAGCGGCCUGAUUCAUUUGUAUUGUAUAGUCGUGUUGAAUGUCGCGAAUCAGGGUGUGUUAGCUGAGUACGAAAUCAGAAGCUUCUUUUAUCCGUCACCUCGUAUUGUUCCAAGCUGGAGACUGGUCGGUGAUCGUUAUAACAAUCGCAUUUUUAUUGCAUCACAACCGACACCAGUCCACUUUUCUUAUUCCGGUGAUCAGAAGUCGAUCGGUGAUUCUUGCUACACCAACAGUUUGGUCGGUGUUUGCACAUUAACAAGUAAAUGUCCAGGUGUUUUACAAGAUAUUCGAAAUGGAAAAAAUCCCACUGUAUGUUCAUAUCAAAUAUCUGAGGCGAUUGUCUGCUGUCCAAUACCAAACAAUAGCAACAACCCAACAUAUCAACAAGAGAGUCAUACAACUGUACAACAUAACCAGAAUAGUCAAAUCAAAUCAAAUCUGAAAAAUCACCGAGAACCAGCCCAACGUCGUAGUGAACAAAAGUGUGAAGAAUAUUCUCGAUUGGCUGCACGUCCUGGCUUAUUCACAUCGCUAUCGAUUUUGGCAUCAACUCAAAGAGUUAACAUUCCAACAUGUUUAUAUUCAACGGGACUAAUCGUCGGUGGAGAGGUUUCAAAACCGGGCGAAUUUCCGCAUAUGGCUGCUGUUGGUUGGACAACCGAUAGUAAAAUAGAUUGGAAAUGCGGCGGUUCAUUGAUAAGCGAACAUUUCAUUUUAACAGCAGGCCAUUGUUCGUCUGCCUAUGGGAUUUUACCAGACAUUGUAAGACUUGGUGAUCAGAAUUUAGUGAGACAAGAUGAUGGUGCUGAUCCACAGGAAUAUCAAAUUGAAAGUGUUAUUGCACAUCCCAAUUACAGACAUUCAUCAAAUUAUUAUGACAUUGCAUUGCUUCGACUCAACCGACAGGUGACAUUUACUCGAUUCGUUCGGCCAGCAUGUAUUUGGCAAAGUUAUUCCAUUAAUUCAACGAAAGCAGUUGCAACUGGUUGGGGACAAGUAGAAUUCGCCGGCGAUCGUUCGGAUGACCUUCGAAAAGUAUCGCUAAACAUUAUAGACUAUACCGAUUGUCGCCAACUCUACGAAACGUCGAAAAAAUUAAGAAGAGGAAUCGUUAAGUCUCAAUUGUGCGCGGGUCAUCUUCAAGGAGGAAAGGAUACAUGCCAUGGCGAUUCUGGUGGACCCGUUCAAAUCAUUACACCGAAGAAUCAAUGUGUUUUCCAUAUUAUUGGUAUCACUUCUUUUGGUAAGGCUUGUGCAGCCGUAAAUACAGCUGCUGUUUAUACAAGAGUUUCGUCAUAUGUUGAUUGGAUUGAGUCUGUUGUCUGGCCGGCAUAAACGAAUAAAUAUGCCCAAAAUCGAAUCCGAAAUGGGAGAAAAUCACGUUGGCUUUCGGUUAGUUCAUCGAGCCAGUUUGGGACAGAGGGAAGU